AUCCAAACCCUGAGAGGGAGAAUGGCCAGCAGACGUGCUCAUCCCGAGGAUGACCUUUCCUGUCCGAUCUGUGGUCAUAUUCUCAGCCAGCCAGUGGUGCUCAAUUGCAGGCACCGGUUCUGUAAAGCCUGCCUGAAAGACAGCUGGGACACACAAGGCGCUGGGGACUCACACUACUGUCCUCUGUGCUGGCGCCGUUCCUCCAUGGAACAAAUCGUGGUGAGCUCGGUGCUGGAGAAGGCCUGUGUGUCAUUCAAGGAGGACAGCAGGAAGAACGACCCCGAGGCUUGUAAGGAACAUGGGGAGAAGCUCACCAUGUUCUGUUUGGAGGAUUUGGAGCCGAUCUGUGGGGUGUGUGUGAAGGCAGAUGCACACUCUGGACACAGGCUCUACCCCAUCGGGGAAGGUGCUCAUGACUGUAAGGAGGAACUGAAGAGUGCUCUGGUGCCUUUGAAAGACAAGUUGCAGCUGUACAAGAAGGCGAAGGUGGUCUGCGAGGGGAUGGCCGAACACGUGAAGAACCAGGCUGAACACACGGAAACGCAGAUCCGAGAAGAAUUCGAAGCCCUCCAGCAUUUCCUGAAAGACCAGGAGGCUGCGAGACUUUCCUCUUUAAAGGCCGAGGAGGCUCAGAAGAAGCUGAUGAUCAACCAGAGAAUCGAGGAGAUGAACAACGAAAUGACGUCUCUCUCCAACACCAUCAGAUUAGUGGAGCAGGAGAUGAAAUGUCACGAUAUUGCAUUUCUGAAGAAUUACAAGGAGACCGUAAGGAGAACCUGGCGGAAUUCCCUCGACCCACAACGGAUCUCCGGUGCUCUGAUCGAUGUGGCCAAGCACCUGGGCUCACUGAAGUACAAAGUGUGGGAGAAGAUGAAGAGUAUAGUUAGAUACAACCCUGUGAUUCUGGAUCCCAACACAGCCGCUAGCUGCUUCAUCCUCUCGGAGAAUCUCACAGUGGUGCAGAACUCGACCCAGAUCUUCAAGCUGCCGGACAACCCCGAACGCUUCGACAUCAGCGCCGAGCUGCUGGCCGCUGAGGGCUACUCCUCUGGACGCCACAGCUGGGAGGUGGAGGUGAAGGACAACACCUACUGGGUGGUGGGAAUCGCCAGCGACUCCAUCAACAGGAAGGGGAAGCACGUGCUGACCCCAGCCGAGGGGUUCUGGACUAUUCGCUUUCGCAACGGAGAGCACAAGGCCUGCACGGCGCCGUGGGAGCCGCUGACCAUGACUAAGAAGCCGGAAGUUAUAAAAGUGGUUUUAGACAUGGACCGAAGCAAGGUGUCCUUUUACGACCCUGGAGAGAGAACGCCUCUCUACACAUUCAUGGAUGUCAUCACACCCAGGGCCUUUCCCUACUUCUGCAGCGCCUGCAAAGAGCAUCCACUGAGAGUCCUACACACCAGGAUAUCCUUGUCAACAGACUAAUAAUUCAGCAUUAUU